AAAUCGAUUGGGAAAAAAUAAGAGUGUUCGGUCACACUGCCAGCUAACCUCCAGUUAACUGUACAUCUCCGAUGGAGUGUACACUGUAUCGCUGAUAACUUGUCGGCGAUAAUCCAAGAUAACGAGUACAAGAAACGCGUGCCUUAAUGCCUCUUCGAUCUGUUCUAUAAUCACGGCCCGCCCCGUCGGUUCUUCGGCACUGCAGUUGCCUCCAAGCGAGCUAGUACGUAAUUCCCGGCCACGUGAUCGUCCUAACCCCCUGCAUGGGUUCUCCACAAACUUGAAAUAGGAGAGGCUCGAAACAGGAGCCCGAAAAUCAAACAUCCCGCCCUUCUACCGGCUUGGCGUCGUCCCCCGUCGUCGGUCAACCAGCGAGAAUAACUGACCGCGCAAGUUUUUGGUUUACGCCCCAAUAACUGCUGUGGCCCGCAUAACUUGAACCAGAAACCGAAACAGAACCAGAACCAGGCUCAAUCUCACAAACAGUAGCAGCAUAAUUAUGGCGGAGAGCAAAUCGGAGAAGUUGCCGUUCAUCGGGAAGCAGCAGGGUCCAGUUCCGGUGACACUGAAUCCCUCAUGGGAAUCAAAGCUACCGCCCGUGGAGAGCAAGCCCUCCGUAUCCACUGGAAUUCUGGGCCUGCCUAUCCCGAAGGACAAGUACCUUAUCGUGUUCUACAUCUUUUUACUGCACGGCUUGGGGACGCUGCUCCCGUGGAACAUGUUCAUCACGGCCAAGAGCUACUUCGAGGACUUCAAGCUGGGCAACAACACAGUGCCCACGGACGUUAACUAUCGGACCAAUUUCAUGCAGAAUCUGGGCUUCGCCUCGCAGAUUCCCAACGUCCUGUUCAACUGGCUGAACAUCUUCGUCAGCUUCGGCGGCGACCUGACCAGCCGCAUCGUCUACAGCAUCGUCGUGGAGCUGAUCAUUCUGCUGGUGACCAUUGUGCUGGCCAUGGUGGACUCGUCCGAGUGGCCGGGCGUCUUCUUCUGGACGACCAUGGUGUGUGUGGUGCUGCUGAACGUCUGCAAUGGCAUCUAUCAGAACACCAUCUAUGGCAUUGCGGCAACUCUGCCAAUUAAGUACACCGGAGCCGUUGUCCUGGGCUCGAACAUCUGCGGCUGUUUCACAUCCGCGCUCAUCCUGAUCUGCCAGACCUUCGACUCGAAGAGGACCCAGGCCAUCUACUACUUUGUUACGGCCAUCCUAGUGCUGCUGCUCUGCUUCGACACGUACUUUGCCCUGCCCCUGAACAAGUUCUUCCGGCACUACGAGAGCCUCAGCCACAACAGCGAAAAGAAGACAGAGUCCAAGCAGCCGUUGAAAGUACCCUACUGGCAGAUCUUCAAGAAGGCAUCGCCGCAGCUGUUGAACAUUUUCCUGACGUUCUUCGUGACUCUAUCGGUGUUCCCGGCCAUCCAGUCGAAUGUCCGUCGCUCCGAUCCAGACUUUGCCAUCGACAGUGAAUUCUUCGUUCUCAUCACCUGCUUCCUGACCUUCAACGUGUUCGCUAUGCUGGGCAGUCUGACCACGUCGUGGGUGCAGUGGCCCAAACCGAGAUUCCUUUGGCUGCCGGUGGUGCUGCGUGUGGUCUUCAUCCCCUUGUUCCUCAUGUGCAACUACGUGCCGCCGGACACCAUACGAUCGGCGACCGUGUACAUCGACAACGACUGGAUCUAUUGGGGAAUGGGUGCUCUGAUGGCCUACAGCUCCGGCUAUCUCAGCUCCCUAGGCAUGAUGUAUGCCCCCCAAUCGGUCGCUGCCAAGUAUCAGACAACGGCUGGAAUGUUCGCCGCCGCCAUGCUGAUAACUGGCAUCUUUUCCGGAAUUAUGUUCUCAUAUCUGGGACCCGGAUUCGUCGUGUGACAAUUUAUAAUUAUUUAUGUAUGCCUCUUUGACAAAUUUCAACCCGCAUUGAUUAUAGUUCGUAGGCUAUUGGCCAGUUGGUUUUGCAUUUUAACCAAUCCAUUCUUAACGCGUUUCAUUCAAUAAAGUUUUUAAUUUUUAUUUCAA